GGUCAUAAUCGCAAAGCCAAACGUGAAUACAUUAGAUAUGGCUCAUGCAAUUGUGGUGUCUCUUAUGAGAACAAUCGAAUCGCUCUUGACAUCCAAUUCACCAAUGCAAUCUCUAACCUAUGAUCACAGAGAUGAAAUUUGCGCUCUUCAUGGAAAGAUUAGUUCCCUGGAAGUAGUUGCCAAGAACUUAGAGAAAAACAAUGUUCCGGGAGAAAUGGCGGAUUUGGAAGUACAGAUAAAAGAAGUUGCAAAUGUUGUUGAACAAACAAUUCAACUAAGAGUGACUGAAGUUGUAUUGGAAAAUGAUGUAAAGGCACAAGAGAGGCUUUCUGAUAGCCUGCAACAAGUAGCAGAGGACAUUGAUUGUAUCUGGACAGAGUCAACAAAGAUUCAAGAUAAGGGCAAACAUGCAUCAAAGGAACCAACGGUUCAAGAGUUUCCAAGCUCAUCAAGAAAUAUUCUGAAUGUUGAGAACAGUAUGGUUGGACGUGAUGAUCAAAGGAAACGGUUGGUAGAAGAUCUGACUAGAAGCUACUCUGGUGAACCCACAGUCAUCCCGAUUGUCGGGAUGGGAGGUAUAGGUAAAACAACCUUAGCGAACGAAGUUUACAACGAUGCAUGCAUUCGUUCUCAUUUUGAUGUUUGCAGCUGGGAUACUAUUUCGCAACAACACAAUGUAAAGGAAAUCUUGUUGAGCCUUCUGCGUUCUACAAAGGGUGACAAAGUUUUCACGGAAAGUGAGGUAGAGCUGGCAUACAUGCUACAAAAGAGUUUAAAGGGUAAGAGAUAUUUAAUUGUAUUGGAUGGCAUGUAGAAAAGUGAAGCAUGGGAUGCCGUGAGAAUAUGUUUUCCACGUGAAAACAAGGGGAGUGGAAUAUUGUUGACGACCCGUAACACUGAAGUAGCUCUCUAUGCUGGUACAAAGAAUUCUUUGCUGAUGAGGUUCAUGGAUCAAGAUGAGAGUUGGAACCUUUUUAAAAGUGUAGCAUUUUCAAGUGAAGAGUUACCAUCUGAUUUGGAGACUAUUGGGAAGCAAAUCGCAGAUGAAUGUCACUGGUUACCACUAACUAUUGUCGUGGUUGCUGGACUUGUCAAAUCUAAAAGGGCAAUAGAAGAUUGGGAAAGUGUUGCGAAAGAUGUCAAAUCAUUCGUCACAAAUGAUCCUGAUGAAUGAUGUUCACGUGUUAUUGGAUUGAGUUACGAUCACUUGACAAGCGAACUAAAGACUUGUCUUCUGCAUUUCGGAAUUUUUCCAGAAGACAGUGAUAGUCCAGUGAAGAAUUUGAUGAGAUCAUGGAUGGCUGAGGGGUUCCUAAAGUUGGAAAAUGAUUUGGAAGGAGAGUCUCAGAAGUGUUUGCAAGAGCUUGUCGAUAGAUGUCUAGUCCUCGUCAGCAAGAAAAGUCGAGAUGGAACAAAAAUUAGAUCUGAACAUGAUCUAAUAUAUGACCUCUGUGUGAGAGAAAUUCAAAGGGAGAACAUUUUUAUCAUGAACGACAUUGUGCUUGAUAACUCAGAUUCACGUCGAUAUCUCAGUAUGCAAAAAAUGCAGCCCUUUAAACGCGUGACUCAUGAUGAAAUUGAUUAUUGUCCCUAUGGUCUUUAUAGGGCUCUUCUUACCCCUGUACAUCGUCGGUUGAGAGAUCAUGACAACAACAAUCUUUUGAAACGAACCCGUUCUAUUUUCUCUUUUCAUCUUAAGGAUUCAUACUAUAUUUUCAAAUCAGAGCUUAUUCAUUUCAAAUUACUCUAAGUCUUGGAGCUGAGACACAAUGAGAUAGAUAAUUUCCCUGUACAGAUACUAAGCCUCAUCUGGUUGAGGUACCUAUCAUUUCGAAGCCGAAGUUGGCAGUUAAACAUACCUCCAGAAAUUUGUAGGUUAUGGAAUCUGCAGACAUUCAUUGUUCAUGGGCCUAUGCUAUCAGUUAUAACUUUUCCUGAGGAAAUUUGGGGACUAAUGCAAUUAAGGCAUCUCAAACUGCCCAGAAUUUAUUUGCCAGAUUGCCCAAGUGGAUCUGUUGACAAAGGAAGGCACAUGGAUUUUUCAAACUUACAAACUAUUUCUUACUUGUCUUCACGUUGUUGCACGAAGGAGGUUAUUAUGGGGAUUCAGAAUGUUAAAAAAUUACGAAUUAGACGAGAUGCAACUUCCUCUGGGCCUCUCAACAAUCUUGUCCAUCUGCAUCAACUUGAAACAUUGAAUUUUACAGAUUCUCUUAGUGGACUUUUGCCAGCAAGUGCAAAAGCUUUUCCAGCAACGCUCAAGAAGCUGAAGUUGAAAGAAACUGGUCUAAGUUGGUCGUACUUGGACAUCAUAGCUGAAUUGCCUGACCUUGAGGUGCUGAAGCUGAUGGAUAAUGCUUGUCUUGGCAAUGAAUGGUAUCCAAAUGUUAGGGGAUUUACUCGAUUGAAAGUUUUGCUAAUUAAACAUAAUGAUCUCAAGUACUGGAAAGCCACAGAUGACAAUUUUCCUGUCCUUGAGCGCCUCAUGAUUAGAAGUUGCUAUUAUUUGAAAGAGAUACCCAUUGAGUUUGCAGAAAUCCACACACUACAACUGAUUGAGUUAAGAAGAGCUCGGAAACAACCCUGUGGAUGUUCGUAUCUCCUAUCAAUCCGGACGUAAGUAUUUGAAGGUUUGAUCUCGACUAAGUAUCGUGGAUUCUUCAAGCAGCUUUUGGGGAAAAGAAGACAAGGAGAGGACGAACAACAAGAGCAUUCGAUCGGUUUCUAUUUAAUAUGGGGAGUUUGAUUCGACAAAUUUAUGUUGUAAUGUCUUCUAACUUGUUAAUUCUUGUUGUGGUGUACUUUCUCUCCUUAAUGGAGCAAUUUAUAUUGUUGAAAAUGGAUGAUGAUUUAGUCUAGACCACAGUUUAAUUAGUUUAAUAUUUGUUGUGUAUGUUUACAUCACAUAUAUCCCUGUAUGAUUCUCUCGAGAUGCGUAUCCGAUUCAGACUUUAGAAUCAGUGGAUUCAGAAUGUUUUUAACACUUUCAUAUGAUUUUCAUAUGUCUGUAUCUGUUCACACGAAGUUAAGAGUUGAAAGAAGUGAGUUCGGUUGAACAAGCUCUAAAUCUGCAUUUGACUAAUGUGACUCGUCGAACUUCUACUGACCCUUUAUGUUUCUUUCAAGGGAGGAGUGAUUUUGAUUCAGAAGGACAUCAGUAAAGAAGAUCAAGGGCCGAGCGAUUGAACUCUCGGGAUUUCAUUUCGGUUCAUCUAUAAGGCGUAGAAGGGCCACACCAUAAGGAUCUAUUACAUGUAGUCUUGCCCGGCAUUUCUGCAAGAGGUUUUUUUCCACGACUUGAACUAGUGAACUCCGGGUAUGAUACAAGAUCAAUGGGCUCCACUCCUUUGGGAUCGGUGCUUCAAGGAUCACAUCUACGGAUUCAAGACUUGGUCAUUCUAGGAGGUCAAAUACAUGAAUGGAGGAUAACUUGGAAAGAAGCUAUAUUUGGUUAUAUCCUCCAAGAAAGGAAUGGGAGACACCGCAUUUGGAUGAUAACUUGGGCUUCGAGAGAGUAUGGGUGUCCAUUCCAAUGUUUGGGCUUUGGGUCAUUUGGCCCCAAUAGCUUUUAGGGUCACUUUUGGGCCCAUUGUGUAAUAAAUAACCCAUGUCUAUAAAUAGCUAGUUUUCUUAUGUGAGAAACGUGGGUUGCUUGUCAUAUUUCGAUAGGAAGGUCUUCGGGUUUGA